GGCAAUUGACUGUGAUAAAUUGCUGAGUCAGCAGAAACCACAGGGAAGUUAGCGACAAGCGACGAGGGGCGGCAAAGCACACACCAAACAACACACAGCAGAACGUCGGCCAUGUCGGCCAUGGACACAAAGCCAGAGGAGGAACAGCCUGCUGUUGCAGCAGAGGAAGACACAAAGGUGCAGGCGCCACUUCCAGAGGAACCUGCGGCGGCUCUGCGACAACACGCCAACGAUGCGCAGAUGCAGUUCACUCCACAAUACCCGACCCGUGACUACCUCGACCAAACCGUCGUCCCCGUACUUCUCGAGGGCCUCGCUGCCCUUGCACAAGAAAGACCACCCAACCCGGUUGAGUGGCUUGGCACAUUCCUGCUCAAGUGUGCAAAAGAGGAAGGUGAGCCGAAGCCCCCACAGGACGUCGUCGGCCUCCCUCCAGAUCAGCAGCAACAGCAGCAGCAGCAACAAGCACAAGCAGAGUAGACGACCGCGCACGCGAAAGAAAAGAAGUGUGUGUAUACAUGUGUGUGUGUGA